AUGCCAGGAAUUAUUUGGGAGGAGCUUGACUCAACGACCAUGUCGCGGCUCGGAGUCGACCUUAUACGCGAUGAAUUGACCCGACGCGAGUUAGAGAGCAUCGGCUCUAAGGAAGAGCUCAUUCAGCGCCUCGAAGCCGACAUUCACCAACGUCGCGAGGCAACGCCACGGUCAAGCGUGGAGAGGGCGUUUACCGCCGGCAACUCAGGUUUGACCCUUGAUACCGCGACGCUCGAAAGUCUGGCACUUCUAUUUCAGCAGCUGCCACGCCCCUCGACUACAGUUACCACUCUGCCAGACCUAUCGUCAUCGAUUGCUUACUUCGAUCAGUCUCCAGCACAAAAUGUUAAUGUCUGGCUCAAUGACGUCCGCCGGGUACAGCAGCUUGCCGCAUGGGACGACGCCACCACCCGUCUCAUUGCCGCAAGUAAACUGAAAGGCACAGCUCGUAAUUGGCACCUCGCUUUUGGAAAUCACCAUUCAACCUGGGAAACAUGGAGCGCCGCCCUGAAGGAAACAUUUUCAUCGGAGCUGACCCUCAUCGAAUGGCAGGAACGCGUCAUAAAGAUCAGACAGGGCCCAGGCGAGAGCCUACAAGAGUACGCUUACGCAAAGCUGCGUGUGGUUGAAAGCUGCCCCGUCACACUUACCGACGCCCAGAAGAUUGAUUACCUACUACAAGGUCUUCAAGAACCACAUGUCAUUGCGGCCAUCGCGGCUAAUAGGCCGUUAACAGUGCGUGAAUUCAUGUCCACGUGCACAAGCCUAGACAAGUGCACUCAACGUGCCCAUGACAGGAAGCAGCAUCACAAGACUGUCUGCAACGAGAACCCUUACCUUCGCCAGAAGAGCCUCCCUGGCAAGUUUUGGUGGCGAAGACAGUGCCGCUGGAAAGCAGCACUGCCACACUACAAGUCUGCACUACGGUGCCUGUGA